GCACCUUGCCUCUGCGGCCUUCAUCGAACCUUGCCGCCAGCACCUCCAUCCCCGACGGCCUCAACACCAUCUCCAGAACAUCCAUGGUCGUCCUCGUCGCCGCUGCCUUCCUCUCGCUUCCCCUUGUAUCCGCCUCGUUCCAGGGAGGGAAUCCCUCGCGUCUGCUCCAUCCCUACCGCCCGACGGAAACCCCAUGACCGCCCGCGCCAUCUGUCGUUCUUCUCCGGCAGCCGCGUCGGCAAGCGCCCCGCCGGACCCGCUCUCUUCCUGGCCUCUUCGCUGUCGAACCGUAGGUUCUCUCAGGCCGUCGCGCUCCUGUCAUGUCCCUGCGGUCCCUCUUCUUCCCUUGUUUCCCCUCUGAACUUCUCUGUCUUUUUUCCUUCAGACAACAACAGCUUCCAUGGUUGUGUAGCUCGCCGCCGGCCUCCACAAGCCGAACGCCACCGGAUUUGGAGGAUCCGGGCCUCCCUCGCUUUCCCGUGUCCGUCCCCUGCCUCUCUGCUUCGCCGGAGUCCCUCGCGAGCCAGCGUCGCGAGCUCCAGCGCCGCUGGUCCUCUGUGUUUCUGUCGAACAGAGGGCGACGCCCGUAGCCUCCCCGCCUCGCGCAUCUGGGCCAGCCAACGCCAAGUCGGCCCAGCCAGCGCUCCACUAGACGUCUGCCUCUACCACCUCCUUAGUAGAUGGGCCGAGGCCCAUGGUUGCUUCUCUCGUUAGCUUCGGUUCCGUUCCGGAGUUGUGAGGAUGCGUUCGACUACGUCUGUUUGCCUUCUUCUUGGACCCGUUCUUCUUCCUUGCGGGAUCUCAG